AUGGCCGCCGUCGGAUUUUCAGUCUUUUACCUUACGAACUGGACUAUAGGCCCUCUUCUCAUGAUGGGACCUCCGGCUAUUCUCGCUUUUCUCUGGAACUGCGUCGAUUUUCUCUGUCUUUCCGUCGUCAAUGAUCGCCAAGGCGUCCAUCCUAUCGCUUGCAUCAUCGUCGACGGCCUACUGUUCCUCGGGUUGGGAGCUAUGUCUGGCGUGAUCGCCUUUACCCUGUCAAAGCUCGAUGACUCGGGCUACUACUUUGCUUUUUUUCAAGACGAGGCAGGCGAGGAAUAUCUUCGCAUUGUCCUGGGCUUCGGAAUCCUGGCAGCGGUUCUUCAUUUAGCAAUGUCCAUCUUGGCGUGCUUUGAGAUCAAGCAGCGUCGUGCUGCCGAUGCUCGGUCCACCAGUCAUCAUAUUGAUUGUGGUGGUCUGACGAGCCAACAACCGCAGGCGGCGGCACCUUUGCUGUCAGAUCCACCACCUGCAUACAGUCUGUCCUCGAAUCAGGCUUCCCGCAGCGAAGAAAAUUAUCAAGUCGUGGUCCCUGGGAUGGCUGUGGACCUUUCGCCCUCGCUGGGAAAGAGAGUCCCUUGA